ACUAGUAACAUUUCGUUCUUGAUAGCCAUUUCUACCCAGAAAACAGAGAGGAUGUUGCUGAGGAAGUGUCUUCAGGUUAUUUUUCUCUUCUACAUCUCAUUGACAUUUGGAAAUGGACUUGAAUAUCUGACGUAUUUUAUAAAAGUACAACACUGUGAUCUGAAAGAUGCUAAAACAUUGAUGACACUUGAUGUGGAUGCCUUCGACUGUUCGAAGAGGUGUUUUGAAACUUCUGCAUGUAAAUCCUUCGUGAGCAGAACGAUAAGUCCAAGAUGUAUUUUAUACGAAAAUGACUCAACAGAGAAAAUUCUAACAGGGGAAAAUAAUGCCUAUUUUUAUCAGUUGAGAAGAACUGUGCCGACCAAGUAUAGAGACGGAAAAUGUCCCAUGGAUGUAGUUGACAACGCUUUUCUCCCUGGUAACAAUGAUAUUAGUGACACGUCUGGUCAUAGUUACACGGCGUGUAUCUAUAGAUGUGAAGCAAAUCCAAAUUGUCAAUCGUUUGACUACGGUAUAAGUAGCGGACAAUGCAUUUUGUCAAGUAAAAAUCAUGAUGAUUCUUCUAAAAAGAAAUUAAUGACCAGACAGCUUAUUCAACUUUUUCCUUCAAACCAAAUCCAUAUCACAACCUUUCAACUUCUGAAUGAGAUUGAAAUGUCACAGAUAAAUAAAAAGUUAGCCUCAUCUAUUAUAAAUUAUGAAAAUACGAACUCCUCGAAAGUGAUUCUCUUUUCGUUGUUGUGUCGCAAAACGAAGGAGGAUGUCUUCAAGAUUCAGGUUUUCAUCACACCAUUUAUUCAUUAUAUUUGGGCAUGA